AUGCCCAGGCAGAGUCACCGUCACCACAAGCCCCAUGGCUCCCGCCACCGCAAGAGAGACAGGAGGUCAGGAAGCAACGCAACACAACAAAGCGAAGAAACUGAGACGACCACCUCCAGUCAUGACACACCGUCCCAGCGGGUUCAGUUCAUUCUGGGCUCAGAGGAGGAUGCUGAACAUGUGGCCCACGAGUUGUUCACCGAGCUGGAUGAGAUCUGUGUGAAGGAUGGCAAGGAUGCUGAGUGGAAGGAAACAGCCAGGUGGCUGAAGUUUGAGGAGGACGUGGAGGAUGGAGGGGAGAGGUGGAGCAAGCCUUACGUUGCUACGCUUUCACUCCACAGUUUGUUUGAGCUCCGCAGUUGUAUUAUCAAUGGCAGCGUGCUGCUUGACAUGCAUGCUGACUGCAUCGAAGAGAUUGCAGACAUGGUGCUGGACCACCAGGAGGCGUCACACGAGCUGGACGACACUGUAAGAGUUCGGGUCCGCGAGGCUCUGCUGAAGAGACACCACCAUCAAAACGAGAAGAAGAAGAACCUGAUUCCGAUGGUACGCUCCAUCACAGAGGGAGCACGCAAACAGUCAGAGCCUCUUCUGACAGCCACAUCUCCACAGCCUCCUCCACUCAGUGAACCAGCUAAGAACGGUUCCGGGCAGGACAGCACUCAGGUGGACCUCAGUAAGGUGGACCUUCAUUUCAUGAAAAAGAUCCCAGAGGGUGCCGAAGCUUCCAAUGUGCUGGUGGGAGAGCUGGACUUCCUGGAGAGGCCUAUUGUGGCCUUUGUCCGUCUUUCCCCCGCUGUGCUUCUCACUGGACUUACUGAGGUCCCCAUACCCACCAGGUUCCUCUUCAUUCUUCUGGGCCCAGAUGGAAAGGCUCAGCAAUACCAUGAAAUUGGACGCUCCAUGGCAACCAUCAUGACUGAUGAGAUCUUCCAUGAUGUAGCAUACAAGGCAAAGGACAGAAGUGACCUGCUAGCAGGAAUAGAUGAGUUCCUGGACCAGGUGACUGUUCUGCCACCAGGAGAGUGGGACCCCUCCAUCCGCAUCGAGCCCCCAAAGAGUGUCCCCUCUCAGGAGAAGAGGAAGAUGCCCGGAGUCCCCAAUGGUACAGCCUACCAGGUAGUGGAGGAGCUCCAUGCCGAACACCAUGGGCCAGAGCUGCAGAGAACUGGAAGGUUGUUUGGCGGUCUGAUACUGGACAUCAAGAGGAAAGCUCCAUUCUAUCUGGGUGACUUUAAGGACGGUCUGAGCCUCCAGUGUGUGGCCUCCUUCCUCUUCCUCUACUGUGCCUGCAUGUCUCCUGUCAUCACCUUUGGAGGGCUGUUGGGGGAGGCGACAGAAGGACGCAUUAGUGCCAUAGAGUCCUUAUUUGGUGCAUCUAUGACUGGCGUCGCCUACUCUCUGUUUGCUGGUCAACCUCUCACCAUUCUGGGCAGCACAGGUCCUGUUCUGGUUUUUGAGAAAAUCCUCUUUAAAUUCUGCAAGGACUACAAUCUGUCCUAUCUUUCUCUGCGUGCAUGCAUAGGCUUGUGGACGGCCCUGCUGUGCUUACUGUUGGUUGCCACAGAUGCCAGUUCUCUGGUUUGCUACAUCACUCGUUUCACGGAGGAGGCAUUCGCUGCCCUCAUCUGUCUCAUCUUCAUCUAUGAAGCCUUGGAGAAACUGUUCCACCUGGGAGAAAUCUACCCCUUCAAUACACACAGUGAUCUGGACAAACUCACACUGGCAUACUGUAAGUGCGCAGAGCCUGAUAAUCCCAGUAAUAAAACCUUAGAACUGUGGAGUGAGAGGAACAUCACAGCCUCUGCUGUACCCUGGGCCAACCUGACUGUCAAGGUAACCUAA